GAAAAGGACACUGUUCUGCUCUACUGAGAUUACUACCUGGAAACGCUGACCUACUUGUCUCUCAUGAUACCUGGAACAGCUACCAGAGUAUGCUCAGGAUUAUAAAGAAGUAUAAUAUGCCCUUCAAGAGAAGUUCAAGAAGUUCUGAGAUUAUUCCUGGUCACACCUUGUCCUUCAGUGGAUAUCCUGGGGUUAUUUAUAGUGGAGACGAUUUCUCCAUUCUUUCAUCAGGGUUAACUGUACUUGAAACUACAAUUGGAAACAGUAAUCCAGAUCUUUGGACUCAGCUCACCCCUCAUUCAGUUCUCGAGGGGAUCAGAUCUACUGUAGCCAACAGACUGGCAACCGAUGGCAGAUCGUGGACCAACAUAUUCUCUAUACACAAUAGUGGAACCUACAACAACCAGUGGAUGGUUGUUGAUUACAACCAGUUUACUCCCGGAGACAAGGAGUUGAAACCCAAUCUUCUCUGGGUCCUAGAACAGAUACCAGGAUAUAUACAAACUAAAGAUCUUACUCAGAUAAUUGAAAGCCAGGGAUUCUGGCCGAGCUAUAAUUCCCCGUAUUUCAAGGAUGUUUAUAAUAUGAGUGGAAACCAAAGAUUGGUAGAGCAGUAUGGAGACUGGUUUUCAUACGAGAAAACUCCAAGAGCUCAAAUCUUUCACAGGGAUGCAGUAAAAGUUACAGAUAUCCCCAGUAUGAUUAAACUAAUGAGAUACAACAACUAUACCCAGGAUCCUUUAUCUGUUUGUGAUUGCAGUCCUCCCUAUAGUGCUGAGAACUCUAUAUCUGCUAGGAAUGAUCUCAACCCACUAAACGGAACUUAUCCUUUCCCAGCCCUGAGCCAUAGAAGUCAUGGGGGAACUGACAUGAAGUUGACCUCGUACAAAAUGGCGCAAAACUAUCAGCUGAUUGCACAGGGCGGACCCACGUGGGAUCCACUUCCGCCUUUCAGAUGGUCUGAGCAGGAUUUCAAGGAUACUCCACAUGUCGGUCAACCUGACCUCUGGCAAUUUGAUCCUGUCGAGGUUACAUGGAACUAAUGUCGAGGUUACAUGGAACUAAUGUCGUGGUUAUAUGGAACUAAUGUCGAGGUUACAUGGAACUAAUGUCGAGGUUACAUGGAACUAGUGUCGAGGUUACAUGGAACUAAUGUCGAGGUUACAUGGAACUAAUGUCGAGGUUACAUGGAACUAAUGUCGAGGUUACAUGAAACUAAUGUCGAGGUUACAUGGAACUAAUGUAGAGGUUACAUGGAACUAUUGUCGCGGUUACAUGGAACUAAUAGACGUUGUCUUUGCUAAAGAAAUUUUCUCAAUUGUUAAAUAAAUGAGUUAAUUUAUAAAAAUAAAAUUUUUAUUAAAAUAA